CUUCAGAAAGCAGCCGCCUCAGCCUCUCUGCUCCCCCUGUCCGGGUUAAAGAGGGGAGGGAGGGGUGUGACUUCCAGCCAACUGUCGAAAAAACUCCGUAGUUUAGAGAUCAGCAAAAGAUGUGGAGCUGCUCUCUUUCACUGAGUGAGCGAGACGGAAUUAAAGCUCUUUACCAAAUUUUGGAAAUACGGAGAAUCGAGCACUCAGCAAUGAAAUGUGUGUUCCUCAGAGGCGGUUUAACUUCCAAGUAAACCUGAACCGCGAGCAUCCCACGCUCUUCCCCUGCAGUUGAACACAGUGGAUCUGCUGACACUGGACUCCCCUGCUCACUUCUGACAUCCAGUGUCAGCAGCCGUCAGCAGCUGUCUUUGAAGAUGGUCAACUCUCAGAUAUACCUCCACUACAACUACACAGGAAAGCUGGACCACCGGCCCAGCGUUGACACGAGCACCGGCGCCGUGGACACCAAGACCGUCGUUUUCCUGAUCAUAUGCAGCUUCAUUGUACUGGAGAACCUCACCGUGCUGGUGGCCAUAUGGAGAAACCACAGGUUCCACAACCGCAUGUACUACUUCAUCGGCAACCUGGCGCUGUGCGACCUGCUGGCUGGGGUCGCUUACCUGGUCAAUCUGCUGUUGUCAGGAGAGAAGACCCUGCAGCUCUCACCUGCUCUCUGGUUUGUCAGAGAGGGCAGCAUGUUCGUGGCACUUGGUGCGUCCAUUUUCAGUCUCCUGGCUAUUGCCAUAGAAAGACACCUGACUAUGAUCAAAAUGAGGCCUUAUGACGCCAACAAGAACUACAGAGUGUUUCUGCUCAUAGGGACCUGCUGGCUGAUUGCCAUAUCUCUUGGAGCUCUGCCUAUUCUGGGCUGGAACUGCCUGGACAACCUCCCAGACUGCUCCAUAGUCCUCCCUCUCUACACCAAGAAAUAUGUAGCUUUCUGUAUCACAGUUUUCAUGCUUUUGCUCUUGGCCAUGUCAAUCCUUUACGCCCGCAUCUACAUCCUGGUUAAGUCCAGCAGCCGAAAGGUGAGCAAGCACAGCAACUCUGAGCAUGCCAUGUCCCUGCUGCGCACCGUCAUCAUUGUGGUUGGGGUCUUCAUCGCCUGCUGGACACCCAUCUUCGUCCUGCUUUUGGUGGAUGUGGCAUGUGGGCAACACUGCCCCAUCCUCUACAAGGCUGACUGGUUCAUUGCGGUGGCUGUGCUCAACUCUGCCAUGAACCCAAUAAUUUACACUCUGGCCAGUCGGGAGAUGAGACGGGCCUUCCUGGGUCUGGUGUGUGGCAUCUGCUACAGGGGGAAGGCUUCCGUAAAUGGCAGCGGGAACAGGCAGUCUCUGGAGCCCAGCCGCAGCAGGAGCAAGUCGUGGAGCAGCCAAAACAACCCCAACCAGAACCAGCAGGGCUCCAGGCAGACGGAGUCAGAGAAGGAGCAGGAGCAGGACGUGUCCCAUGGCGAGGUCUCAGUGGUGGCAGGAGGGGCCGCCCAGGCUGUUGUCAAGAGUGACAGGAAAAACUGAAAGAAGGGAUCAAGCAAUCCACUGUAUGAAGGUGAGGGUAGUCUUAAUACUCUAUAUGCUCACGGGCCUGUGCAGUGGUCACAGUGGACAGAAAUGAUGAAAAGGAAUGUGUGUUUUGACUGAUCUAGAACAAAGGAUUUCUUGAAUGAGGCCUGGCUGCAGGACAGCAGUUUCUCCCUUGUGCUUUAAUCUUGAUAUAUCUGCAUCAUCCUUAACAGGAAGGCUCAUUAAAAUGUCAAAUUUCAUCACUGUUGCACAAGAACCAUGUAUUUCCAAAUGUAGUUGUGAAAAACUGCAUUGUCACAAAGCUUAAAACAACACACUGCGCUCGUGAAGAGCUGAUGUUUUAAAGAUACAUGUUUUUUGCAGGACAAUGAUGAUUAAUGAUUGAUGCGAAUGAAUGGUGCUCUUACCCUUGACAGAAAAAAGAACGUUUACCUCUGUGGUUACAGAUGUGACCAUCUAAGACAGAUAAGAAAUGAAAAAACACCUGCAACUAAUAAAAAAGUGCAAUUAUAGUGCUGCAAAAACAAUGUAAUGAAGAAUGAUUGUAGACAGUUAUAAGUGUAAUGAUAAACAGUUGAAGUUAUUUAUUAUUCUAUGCAGUCUAUUCUGUAACUUUUGUAUUCACUCAGUAAUAAUACAGAAGACUGUGUAGCUGUAAUGAAAACUGCAGUGUAAAUAGUGUAUUUGAGAUUUUAAAAAAAAAACACACUUUGAAGAGUCAGACAUGCUACCCUUGUCAUUACAUCAGUAGCAUCAUGUUCAAAAUGCAUGUGUUACCACUGCACAGAGAAUUAAUAUAUCUGAUGUGGUUCAUGUUACAGCAUUAGUUUUUACCCAUACAAGGGCUCCAUCUGCUGGUUUAUAAUGGUAGUGCUGAACAGAUAUUUUCACAAUAUGCUGCAUGUUCAAUACAGAAUAUCCUCAAUCCUCAUCUUUAAGUGAGAAAUUUUUAAAUGUUAUGAGUGCGUCUUUGUAUGUUUUUAUCUGGUGUUUUUGAUCUGAUUGAAGUUUUGCAUCAAUUUUAAAAGCAUGUAGCUGGUAAACUGAAGAAACAAGCAUGUGAAUGCUGCAUGUGAUUUAGUAGUAGUUAACUAGGUGCAGCUGUUUAUAUGAAGCAAAUAUAUUAGCUUUGACACAAUGAAGUAAACAAAAAGUAAAAAAUACUGUGUAAGGAUGAUUCACCUUGAUCGCCUCAUUUGGCCAGUAGAGAGCACACUUCUGCCUUAUUUUAUGUGUAGUGCCUUCCUCAUACCCCUGAGAAAAUGACUAAAAGGGCUGGUUCACCAAAAUUACAAAUAAACACAUUCUUCAGUUAUUUCUAAUGGUAUCUAGUCAUGCACAUAGUUUUCAUUUUGCAUGUCAAGGUUUGGCAACAUCCUGAUUUCUGCUGCCACUACAAUACAUCUGAGGGGAACCGAACUGCGUUUGUGGUGCACACAGCAUUAAAAUGAUAUUUGGAAAAUUGAACAGCAACAUCUGUUUCCAGAAACAGCAGCCCUGUUACUAGGGAUAAUUCACAUACCUCACUGUGAACAGUUUUCAUGGGAACUUUUUGUUCUGUGGAUUAUCCACAAUAACAAGGGCACUGUUUAUGGAUGUACUAAAUCUUGUUUUCAGUGCUUUCAGUACCAAAAACAAAUCUGGACAAACUAAACUAGAUACCGUGGAAGCAAGAGAAGAAAAUUUGGAUGAACCAACCCUUUAAGAUUUUAGACCAAAUAGUGGUGACUGUCUAAAUGCUGCAUCUACCAUAAAAUGAAAUGUGUUAUUAGUUAUUAUAGAACAUAACAAAGAGAUUCUACACAUUCACGGUUUUAUUGCCAACAGUCAUACAGAAUAAUGAUAAACCAUACAACCAAAAGAUUAAAUCUGUAAACAUCA